AUGAGCAGCAGCCUCGGCCUCAGCACACCUGACAAGACCACGACGGCCGGUUCCAUGAUUAAAAUCGACCCUGCCCGCGCCGCAAUCUUACAGGCGAAUCUGCAGUCUGUACAGCAGCGAAUCUCGGCGGCGUUGUCUUCCCAUUCUCAUUCCCAUCCUCAUCAGUCCCCGUCUCAAUCUCAGUCUCAGCCUCAAGACCCCCGCCUACCGAAACAUGCUCCCCGCCUAGUGGCGGUAUCGAAACUCAAACCGGCAAGCGACGUGCUCGCGCUCCACCAGCCGCCGACUUCGCACACGCACUUUGGCGAGAACUACGCGCAAGAGCUGGUGGAAAAGGCGCGGGUGCUGCCGAAGACGAUCCAAUGGCACUUCAUCGGCGGGCUACAGAGUAACAAGGCGGCGCACCUGGCCAAGGAAGUCGACAAUCUGUGGGCGGUCGAGAGCGUGGACACGGUGAAGAAGGCGACGCUGCUCGACAAGGGACGGGCAGAGAGGAAUGCGCGGGUGAAGCAACAGGACAGCAAGAACGGCCAAUCGCAUCUAGAAACAUCGUCACGCUCAGCCUCGGAGCCUGAGGCCGACGCGCAAUCGCAAUCGCAAUCACAAUUACAACCCGAGCCACUCAGAGUCUUCAUCCAAGUCAACACGUCUGGAGAAGAAUCCAAGUCCGGCGUCUCGCCAGCCACCGACGAGCUGGUGACCCUGGCCCGCCACAUCCACACUUCAUGUCCCAAUCUGCAGCUCCAGGGCCUCAUGACCAUCGGCGCAAUCGCCCGGUCCAAGGCCACCACGGUCGAGACGGAGAACGAAGAUUUCAUCUGCCUGCGCGAGGCCCGGGACCGGCUGGCCCGCGACUUGGACCUCGACCCGGCCGCCUUGGAGCUGAGUAUGGGCAUGAGCGAGGACUUUGAGGGCGCCAUCCACCAGGGCAGUAGUGAGGUUCGAGUCGGAAGCACUAUAUUCGGCGAGAGGCCGCCCAAGAAGGAUGCGAAGGUGGUCGAUGUCGACAAUGCACAUCCUCAGUCUAAGAGCUAG